AUGAGCCAAGAUGCCCCCGAUCAGAUUCACUACGUGCGCUAUGAUGGUGCCCGUGAACAUGAAUACGUUGCCGGCAUGCGCCAGCUGAUCGCCAAGGACCUCUCCGAGCCCUACAGCAUCUACGUCUACCGCUACUUCCUGUACCAAUGGGGCGACCUUUGCUUCCUGGCGAUGGACGAGAAAGACGAAAUGAUCGGUGUAGUUAUUUCCAAACUCGAGCCGCAUCGCGGUGGCCCUCUGAGAGGGUAUAUUGCCAUGCUGGCUGUGAACAAGGAGUAUCGGGGCCGCGGAAUUGCGACGAAGCUAGUGCGCAUGGCCAUUGACGCCAUGAUUGAGCGUGACGCCGAUGAGAUCGCCCUCGAAACCGAAAUCACCAAUACUGCCGCGAUGAAACUCUACGAGCGCCUUGGCUUCCUCCGCAGCAAGCAACUCCACCGAUACUAUUUGAAUGGCAACUCGGCCUACCGUCUUGUUCUCUACCUGAAAGAAGGCACUGGCUCUAUUCGAACGGCUGUUGACCCCUACGGACCACCCAUUCCGGCCCCUCUGCCUCCUGUGGUGGCCAGUGUUAUACAAGGAAAUGGAAGCAGCUGA